AUGGAGGCGUUAUGGGCAGUGCUGGACGAGGUGGCUCUGGAGGGCCUGGACGGGAUCACCCUGGGCGCGCUGUGGUACCGUCUGGGCACCCGCUCGCCGCCCUUCCCGCUGCCGCUGGAGCCCGCCACGCAGCAGCUCCUGUGGGCCGCGCUCAGCGCACAGCCCGGUGUCAGCUUCUACCUGCUGCCGCUGGCGCGCCCGCCGCUCCGCCUGCACGACCGAUAUGAAGAAAUAGACCUUGAAACAGGAAUACUAGAAACCAAAAGAGAUCCUGUUCCUUUGGAUGAUAUUUAUCCUGUCCACAUGAUUUUGGAUAAUAAAGAUGGCAUCCAGGGUUCCUGCCAGUAUUUUAAAGAGAGAGUAGAUAUCACUGAUCAAAUAAGGAGGAAGGAUUUGCAGCCUUGUUAUACUUAUGUAGAAGCUAUUGAAAAAUGGGGAGAGAAGCUAGUCAUUGUUGCUUCCCAAGACCAGCGUUAUAGAGCUUUGAUAGGCUGGGAGGGGGACCCUGACUUAAAGCUCCCAGACUUCUCCUACUGUAUUCUGGAGCGUUUAGGCCGUGCUAGGUGGCAAGGAGAGCUUCAGAGGGACCUUCACAGUGGGGCUUUCAAAGUGGAUGCUGGAAAAAUUCAUUAUCACCGAAGAGUAUUGGACAGAAAUGGUCUCAUAACAAUGCAGUCCCACGUCAUAAGACUACCAAGUGGAUCACAGCAACACUCAAUUCUUCUGCUUCUGACUCGCUUUCAUGUUGAUAGGAGGAGCAAAUACGAUAUUCUGAUGGAGAAACUCUCAAGUAUGCUAAGUGCUCGUUCAAACCAGAUGGAGACAUUAGGAAACCUGAGGGAAGAACUGGGUCUUUGUGAAAGAACCUUCAAACGUCUGUAUCAAUAUAUGAUGAAUGCUGGCCUAGCCAAGGUAGUAUCCAUCCCAUUACGAGACAUACACCCUGGUGGAGGACCCUACAAGACAAAGAAAGGGACUGAUGUCAUGGUCCGUUGCCUGAAAUUAGUAAAGGAAUUUAAAAAGAAAAUGGAAGAAUACCACGAUGAUGAUGAAGAAGAGAUCAUCACAAAAGCUGUUCAGCCUGUGGAUAUUGUUUGCGAAAGGGAUAUGCUCACCCAGGCUUAUGAGCUAAUUGAAAGUAGGGGAACCAAAGGUAUUUCUCAGGCAGAAAUUCGCUUGGCUAUGAAUGUGGGGAAGCUAGAAUCAAGGAUGCUGUGUCGUCUUUUGGAGAGGUACAAAGUUGUCAAGGGUUUUAUGGAGGAUGAAGGUCGGCAAAGGACAACAAAGUAUAUUUCAUACAUUUUUGCAGAGGAGAGUGAUUUAAACCGUCAGUUUGAGAGAGAGAAGGCUAGGAGUGAGCAGCUAGCUACUGUUACUUUGGCUCCAGUGCCAGGAGAUUCCCCACCUGCAGAAGAUGUGUCUCCAGGAGAAGAUGAUACUUUGGUCUCUGAGUCUGACAAUGAAGAAGAAGGGAAAGGUGGCAAGAAGAGAAGAAAAGGUCAGAAGGCCAACUCUGGUUCUCCAUCUAAAUUAAGUUUCCAAGAUGAUACCCAUCAGUCAACACCAGCUAAAGGCUCAAAGCCAACAGCCGUGAAGCCUCCGGGGAAGAAGCUGCCUUCCCCUCUCAUUCUUGAAGAGCCCGAUGAGAUCCCAGACAAUGUUUUGGGGGAGAGUUCUACUUUGGAAACUCUAAAGCAGGAGUCCAAUCUGUCAACAUGUGCUCUUUCCACUGAUGAAGAUGGGGAUGGGGAUGUGGCUGUGGUGGAGGAGGUCAGUCUUGAGGACCCUAAGAAGACGUGUGGCCAAAAGAAGGAAAAGCGUUCCAAGGCUACCGCAGCGGAGAGACCUCAUGAAACAUACAGGCUGCUGAAGCGCCGCAAUCUCAUUGUAGAAGCUGUUCGAAACCUCCGGCUAAUUGAAAGCUUGUUCACACUUCAGAAGAUGGUGAUGGAUCAAGAAAAGCAAGAAGGUGUCUCCACUAAAUGUUGCAAAAAGUCUAUCAUACGACUGGUACAGAAGCUUGCACGAGAAGGGCUCCUCAAAGUCUAUCGUACUACAGUCAUUCAAGAUGGCAUAAGUAAAAAGGCAGAGUUUGUUGUGCAUCCUUCAGUAAGUCCUAAUGAUCCCCUUGUAAAAAGUGCCAUUGAGCAGGUGCGUUUCCGAAUCUCCAAUUCAAGCACUGCAAACAGGAUUAAAGUUCCCCAGACCCCAUCCCAGGACCAGGCCAAUGAAGAAGGUCUGGGGCAAGAGGCAGUUCCUGAUUCAGGAGAAACACAAGAAAACUCAUGUAAAGCUGAUAACAGUCGGGCAAGAAAAACUGAUGACAAAUUGGGUGUAACACAGCUAAAAAACUAUCACCCAGUUACAGUUCCAGGACUUGGGCGUUCUCUUGGCUUUCUUCCCAAAAUGCCCCGUUUAAAAAUGGUCCACAUGUUUCUCUGGUACUUAAUUUAUGGACACCCUUCAAAUAGAACACCCCAAAAAGGAGACAGUGAUGGAGAGAAAAAAGGCAGCAAAGAAGGGCUGGAUGGGAAUGCAGCUGUAGUUGAAGCGCAACCAGAUGGGACCUUAGAAAUUAUGACAACUGUGGUGAAUCCUGAAAUCUCAGCACAGGAGACCGAAGUGGAGCUGUCUAAUCAAACAGUGUAUGUGGAUGAUGAAUCAUGGAUGCGCAAUGUCCCUCCUCUCCCGCUUCACAGAGAGUUUGGAUUUGGAUGGGCUCUUGUCAGUGACAUUCUCCUCUGUUUGCCUCUCUCUGUCUUUGUUCAGAUAGUACAAGUCAGCUACAAGGUGGAUGGUCUGGAAGAGUUUUUAAAUGACCCCCUAAAAAAGCACAUUCUAAUUCGAUGUCUUCCAAGGUCAGUCCGACAGCAGCUUCUUUACAAAAGGAGGUACAUCUUUUCAGUGGUAGAAAACCUUCAAAGAUUAUGUUAUAUGGGACUGAUACAGUUUGGCCCAACAGAGAAGUUUCAAGACAAAGACCAGGUCUUUGUGUAUCUGAAGAAAAAUGCUGUGAUUGUUGAUACCACUAUCUGUGACCCCCACUAUAACCUGGCCCAAAGUAACCGCCCAUUUGAGAGGCGCUUGUAUGUUCUGAAUACCAUGCAGGAUGUGGAAAACUUCUGGUUUGAUUUGCAGUGUGUCUGCCUUAAUACGCCACUGGGAGUUAUCCGCUGUCCUCGUUCAAAGAGAAGUAACCUUCAAGGAGAGGAGACUGCACUAGAUGUAGAAAUGGAACAAGAGUCAGCAGUGGAUAAACACAAUCUUGAACGCAAAUGUGCAAUGUUGGAGUAUACCACAGGCAGCCGAGAGGUGGUUGAUGAUGGAACUAUCCCUGGAGAUGGCUUAGGAGCUGCAGGUCUGGAUUCCAGCUUUUAUGGGCAUCUAAAACGCAAUUGGAUCUGGACAAGCUACAUCAUCAAUAAGACUAGGAAGGAAACUGCCAUUUCUGAAAAUGGACUGACACUGAGACUCCAAACCUUCUUAACAAAGCACCCCCUCUCACUCAGUACUGGAGGUAACAAAAUUAAUAUUUUGGGAGAAGCAAAGGUGGGAGCUGAGUCACUUGUCCAGAAAGAUGAAAAUAUUGAAAUAAGUAAAGAACCAGCCCAGGAUCGAACCAAACGAGUGAGAGGUGGAAAAAGCCAAAAGAGGAAGAGGCUUCGGAAAGAUGCUGGAAAGAAGACAAAGAGGAAAAAGAAGGCAGAGGAUUCUGUAGAAAAAAGCAAAAGACUCCGCUACCAUGAUGAAGCUGACCAGAGUGCCCUGCUGAGAAUGACACGUCUGCGUGUCACCUGGACAGUGCAAGAAGACAGUCUGCUCAUGCUGUGCCGAAUUGCUAGUCACGUGCUAAAUGCAAAGGUAAAAGGGGCCUUUGUGCCAUGGCAAGUCGUUAGGGAUAUCAUGCAUGCCAGCUUUGAGGAGUCCCUCGAUAAAACUUCUCAUUCUGUUGGACGAAGAGCUCGUUAUAUUGUCAGGAAUCCUCAGACCUAUCUUAAUUACAAUGCUAUCAAAUCUGUAUUGAAUUGGGAAAAUUUCAACUAUGUAAAACACCUGUACAAUUGUGUCUGUUGCAGAGUUUGCCUUGCUGAGGUUUACCAAGAUAAAGCCCUCAUUGAAGAUUUCAUGAAUAGAGAAAAUAAUUAUGAAGAUCCACAGGUUUGUGCAAAGGAGUUUAAAGAAUUUGUGGAAAGACUGAAAGAGAAAUUCAGUUCAACUCUGGGGAAUCCCAAACUUGAGAUUCCUGAUACUUUGCAGGAACUCUUUUCCAGAUUUCGAGUUUUGGCAAUUGGAGAAGACACAGCUCAAAACACAAAAGAGGAUAGUCUAAGCAGUGUCUAUGAUAUUCAUUUUCUAGUGCUACAGAACCUGAUUCAGAGCACACUGGCACUCUCAGAUAACCAGAUGAAAUCUUGCCAGUCAUUUCAGACGUUUCGGCUGUACCGGGAGUACCGGGACGACGUUCUCGUGAAGGCUUUCCUGGAGUGUCAGAAGAGAAGCUUGGUCAAUCGCCGUCGAGUAAACCACACACUAGGACCAAAGAAGAGCCGGGCUUUGCCUUUUGUACCCAUGUCCUACCAGCUGUCUCAGAGUUACUAUAGAGUUUUUACGUGGCGGUUUCCUAGCACAAUUUGUACAGAGUCCUUUCAGUUUCUGGAGAAGCUCAAGGAUGCUGAAAAAUCAGACCAGCCAGAUAACUUCUCAUUUAAAGAUCCAGAAAACGAGGCAUCAGAAGACAUGACAGCAUUUCCUAUGGAUGGACCUGGUGGCCAGUGUGUAGCGAUGCUUUCCUUAUUUUCCCUGGGACUUGUAUCUGUGAAUGUGAGAAUUCCAGAGCAGAUAGUUGUGGUGGACAGCACUAUGGUGGAAAACGAAGUGAUAAAAAGUUUGGGAAAAGAAGGACUUGACGAUGAUGACGACGAUGAUGAUGACUUAGAUGACACCUCUGGAGGCAAACGGAGAAUUGAAGUAAAAGCUCGUCAAGCAUCUCAUACCAAUUACUUACUGAUGAGAGGCUACUAUGCCCCUGGAAUUGUUAGCACACGCAAUCUGAGUCCCAGCGACAAUAUAGUGGUUAAUUCCUGCCAGGUGAAGGUUAAACUGCGAUGUACACCAGUUCCGGGAAGACUCAGCUCUUCAGUUUCUUCUUUGAUUGAUAACAUGGAUGUGGGGGUUUCCUGCCUCCCUGAGACUUUUUCCAGACUGAUAAACAUCCAAGAAGAGGAUUAUGAAGUUGAUCAUUUUCUUCAUGAGUGUACAGAUCAUUAUGGCUACAAUCCUGGAGAUGUAGCUGCUGUUAUGGAGAUCCGUAAUGCAAUAGAGGCAACUUCCCACUUUGGAAUUUGCAAAGUUGAGCUGAGCAAACGUUUCUGCAGCUAUGAAGAGGUGGAACCUGAACGCACCAGGAGCUUGGAGCAGUACAUUCAGGACCUUAUUGAAAUGAAGCAAGUUUUAGAAGUAGGAGGCCAUACUAUAAGACUGGUUGCAAUAGUAUUUGCUAAGCCAUGGCUAUUACAUUCAGUAUGUCUGAAGAAUAAGCAAGAUGAUUCUGAUCAGCAAGGUACAGAUGCCACUCUCCCAGAUGUACAACAGGACUGCCUGCCACUGGAACCAAAGAAUGGAGACGAAUGUUUGAGAGAGGAGGAGCAGCUGGGAGAAGACACACCAUCCGUCAGUGAUGAAGAACCACCAAGGAAGAGAUUUAAGACUCAAAAUGAUGUCCUUGCAGAUGGCGAUCAACUCUGCCAAGGUUCACAGAGCAGUUUGAAAAGUGCAGAUGAAAAUAAAUUUGAUGCAGGUGUUCCUGAUUCUGCUACAAUGAUGGAUGAAGAACCAGACUCCCUGGGAGGGCAGACAGAACACCUAGCUGAACACCCAGUGAGUGUUCCAGGUGCUACAAAUGUGGACACUUACAAGGAACAAGAUAAAUCUUGUUCUGAAGACAAAAAACUGGAAGUAGAGAAUGAUGAGCUCAGCACUGAGCAGAACAAGCAGAUUCCUAGCCUUGAACAAUCAGCCAGUGAGCAGGAUGAUGAUCUUUCCUACUUACAGGAGAACCCAGGAGUAUCUAAAGGAAGUUCUAUGACAGAUGUAUCCCAGGCAGCCAGGGACCGGGCCUGCGAGAAUGUCUGCUUCAUUGGGAGACCGUGGAGGAUUGUGGAUGGGAACCUGAAUAAACCUGUGUGUAAAGGGAUGAUGGAAGCCGUGCUCUAUCACAUCAUGACAAAACCAGGCAUAACAGAAGGCGCACUGCUGCAGCAUUACAUGGGGGUACUGCAGCCUGUUGCUGUCCUUGAGAUACUGCAGGGUCUGGAAACUCUCGGCUGCAUCACACGAUUCUACAUGAAAAAGCCAUCCCCAGUGUCGCUCUUUUCUCAGCCAGUUAUCGAAGAACAACUGAACAAUCCCAGACUGAGCGAAACCCCAACAAUACACUAUGAGCCUACGGUAGACUGUACUCUUAGGCUGGGAAGAGUGUUCCCCUCUGAAAUGAACUGGAAUAAAUGGGUGCAGAUUAUCCCUGUAUAAAAGAGGCAAAGCUGAGCCCUCUUAAAUGGGUUUAGCCCGUAGGAGUGUAAAUAUGACAAUCUGCGCUCCAUCAUGUUUUUUUUUAGUUAUUUAUCCUUUUUAAUUGUGAAUGUAUUUAAGAUGAGAAUAAAGCUUAAUGUUAAGAUGCA